AAUGGACACGCUAAAACACUUCUCCCCUCUGCAGCACACUCCUCUCAACGCUCCAGGCAUUUACAUCCGGACUCUGAUCCCUGACGGACCUGCUGCCUCCGACGGCAGACUGAGGAUCGGAGAUCGCAUCCUGGCUGUGAAUGGGACCAGUCUGAUAGGAGCAGACUACCAGAGCGCGGUGGAUCUGAUUCGUCUGGGAGGAGGUCGUCUACGUUUCCUGGUGGCCAAGUCCGACCCCGACGUCUCGGAGAAGAUCAGUGCCUCCUCCUGCUGAUCACCUCUGAGCAACUGCUGCUCCACUAAGACGCACACAACA